GAUGAUUUACAAAUUCGACGCGUCGACGCUGAAGACUGUCGGUCCUCCCUUUGAAGGGCACACCAGACUUGUCACCGGCCUAGCACUCUCAUUUGAUGGCACUCUCCUCGCUAGCGCUUCCAGGGACGACAACACCAUCAAGCUCUGGGCUUUCGAGUCCCGCCAGCUCCUCGCUUCAUUCCACGUUCAGGAACCACACUCUAUCAUCCUCUCACCUGACUCGCAUCAACUGGCUUACACGACUUGGUGUGACACAAAGUCCAGGAUUUACAUAUGCGACACUCCACCUGACAUCCUUGCUAGUGUAUGGCCUACACAAGAAGCACAGCCCGAUAUCAAUACACCUCGCAAUCCGCGCUGCGCCGUACGCCGUGACCCCAUCAAAUCUCCCAUCCGCAUCCCACCAAAACCUCUUCCUACAAUAGACCCACAGCAACCCUCUUUCCUUCGUUACCUUCGCAAACUUCUUCCUUCAUUCUCCGACGCAGUUCGUCCUAUUCGGAACGGCGAGCCUCGUGAUCCACUGGACUUCCCUGCUACGUCGCCCCUACCUCCAAAUCGUUUUCCUCCAACGCAGGCCACAACUAAGUCUCGAUCUGCACGACUACUGCCUGCCUCCCAAUCCUCUACUGCUACUCCCACUACCUUCAUAUCCCGCAUACGCUCAGCCCGGUUACCUAUCGUUGACGCUCCUCUCGCGCAGGGUAAAGAGCGCAACGCUGCAGCCGGUGCUCCCCCUAAGGACGAUGAUGAUUUGAUCCGUGAUGAAGACUAUGUCUCUCCUCCUCCUUCACCGACCCCCGGUUCGCAGCCACGAUCCGCAGCAAGGCCAAUUAAUGUUACCUUUGGAGAACAUGGAAGCGGCCGCUCGUGUUUCUGCUUUUAGCGUUGUUUCGAGAACAUUCCUCGUAUAUGUCGUUUUUGCUUGUUGUAACUCGUCACAUGCGUUCUCCUAUUAACACUUAGCUCAAAUGGUCAAUGAACCCUUUGGAGUAUUCACUUAAAUUCUGCUAGAUUUAUACAAGGCUACAUAUAAUUCCUCAAAUCGCUCGAGCAGAUUAUGUGCGUGUUUCAAAACACCAAUAAGCAGCG